AACUCAUAUGUGUAGAUACUUCAAGUAAACUUUCACGAUUAUCCCUAUUUCUUCGAAAUUGGGAAGAAUCCUAAAGAAAUUCCUAAUCUGAUGUCAAGGAGAUGGUUAAGCAAAUUUGACAAUAGUUAUGGAAACUUUAACUCAACAAACGAACAGAUUGGUGCUUCAAGUACAAGCUCAAUUAAACCAACUUGGGAGGGAAACAGGAGAAGAUUUACUUGCUCUAGAAAACAAUGUUGAUCUGACCUUGAAAGAUAUUUUUGCAAACACUGAGGCAUUAGAUGCAAAAUUGAUAAAGGAACCUGCACACAGAAGACAAAGUUCUAAGCUAAAGGUUGAUCAGAUCAAGUAUGAUGUGAGACACCUGGAUACAGCAUUUAAGACUUAUUUGAGAAAAAAGAGAAUGAAGGAAGAGCAGGAAAAGGCAAGGGAAGAUCUAUUGUCAACAACAUUUACAACAAAUGCUCAAAGUGGCGAUACUUCUAUAAUGAUUGAUCAUUCCUUGCAACAUCAUACUCGCCUAGGCGGUGCAAAUAGAAACAUGGAUGAAAUGCUUGAUAAUGGCAGCAAUAUCCUUGCAAAUUUGAGAGACCAAAGGAUGUCAUUAAAGGGCAUUCAAAAGAGAAUAUUCGAUAUUGGUAGUACGCUUGGACUAUCAAACACUGUUAUGAGGCUGAUUGAAAAAAGAGGCACUCAGGAUAAAUGGAUUCUAUACGGUGGAAUGUUAAUUACUUUCUUUAUUAUGUACUUAGCCUUUUCAUAUUUACGAUAGUCAAUUAUCAUUUGUAUUUGUACUAUUAUUUUGAGUAUAUCAUUGUAAUUCAUCGUUAUAAAUUCGAACGAUGUGCAGAAUUGAAAAAAUAUAUAUCAUCCAAGAUAUCAAAGCCUUGCAUUAAGUGUUUUUCUCCAAGUGAUAUGAAGCCAUAAAUAACAUCUCUCGAGGGUUGGAUUUAUACCAUUCACUGUGAAUAUGAAGCUGUUGCCAAAAGUAAUGACUUAACAUAGUAGUGAUCUAGAACUAGGAUGAUUUGUGAUACGAAGCAAACUUGUGACGCGAGGAGAAGGAAUAUUAGCCGAGCAGUACGAGAGCUGAUAUUUUCUAUUAAAGCCCUUUUUUCAAAACUUAAGGAUAUUUUAAAAACGUGUAACCAUAAUUUAUGACGUCAUCGAACAUAUUAACUUCCAUUGAAAACUAGGAAAGAUACUCAAGGGAAACUUUAUUGAAAUAUACAAAUACAAAUACAUGUUCACUUUAAGUUUUAUUUACAUAUUUUAAUUAACGGUCGACAAUAUUUAGUAACUACUUAGCACUUAGCCUUUAAUGAAUAAAAUAUCAUU